AUGGCAUCUCAUAAUACAUCCUUUGUAGAUAAUAAAAUCAAGUGGAACACCAACACCGAAUAUGCAUUGGGAAAUCAUAAAAAAGUUAUUCGUUUUUUAGGAUACUGGGCUAAAGAUAAAUUUGAUAAUUCAUUGAAAACAAGAGUUGCCAUAAUGAAUAUUGUUCACAUCAGUUGUGCUAUUGUUUUCAUAAAAAAUUUCAUUGUAUAUGGUAAUUGUGGAUCUAGUGAAGAACUAGUUGACGCGUUGACUUUAAUGUCAGGCAGUUUUUUGGCAAUUUUAAAAAAUACACUACCAUGGUUUCAAAAAAAUCUUUACAAUGACAUUUUAGAUUUCUUAAUUGAUGAUUGGUCUGACAUUAAUAAUAAUAAUAAUAAAUCACGUAAAAUCAUGUUUAAAUAUGCAAAAAUAAGUAGAAUUGUAUUGUUUAUUCAACUCUUGGGAGCAUAUGGAUCAUUGAUUUCAUUGAUUGCACAUUAUCCAUCGACAAAUCAAAUAAUGAAUGAAUAUAAUAAUGAUUCAAUAUUUGUGAGAAAUAUUCCAUAUGGACCACGUUGUUGGAUAUCGUUGACAAUGCCAUGGAAUCUCUAUGUUGGAUUUUAUAUUAUACUUUGUGUGGAUCUAUUUUUUUUAACCACUUCAUUUAUUGGUAGUGAUGUUUUUUUAUUUACAAUAGCCAUACAUGUUUGUGGACAAUUUGAAAUUUUAUAUAAUUCUAUGGAAGCAGUAAUUUAUAAUAGCAACUGGGAUGAUUUAUCACCGAAAAUUAUUAAAGAUAUGACAUUUAUUAUCGCACGUUCACAAUAUGAAUUCAAUUUAACAGCUGGUAAAAUGCAAAAUAUGAAUUUGUCUAAUUUCAAAGAUAUUGUUAAAUCUAUAUUUUCAUAUUUAUCAAUUCUUCGAUUGAUGUUUGAAAAAUAA